CCGGCCUAUAAAAGCGCAGCCUCUCCCCGCCUCUGCACUACUUUCUUCCGUCUGAAUCCUCCACACGAGUCGAAGGACAAGCAGACAAAAUGCGUGAGUGUAUUUCUAUGCAUGUGGGCCAAGCCGGCGCCCAGAUGGGCAAUGCAUGCUGGGAGCUGUACUGCCUGGAACACGGGAUCCAGCCUGAUGGCCAGAUGCCUUCUGACAAGACGAUUGGAGGAGGGGACGACUCCUUCAACACCUUCUUCAGUGAGACUGGAGCAGGGAAGCAUGUCCCAAGAGCCAUUUUUGUGGAUCUGGAGCCCACAGUCAUAGAUGAGGUGCGUACAGGAACCUACCGACAGCUCUUCCACCCGGAGCAGCUGAUCACCGGAAAAGAGGAUGCUGCUAAUAACUAUGCCAGAGGCCACUACACCAUCGGGAAGGAGAUUAUUGAUCUGGUGUUGGACCGAACACGUAAACUGGCGGAUCAAUGCACUGGUCUCCAAGGGUUCCUGAUCUUCCAUUCCUUCGGUGGAGGCACUGGUUCUGGGUUCACUUCCCUCCUGAUGGAGCGACUCUCUGUCGAUUAUGGGAAGAAGUCCAAGCUUGAGUUCGCCGUCUACCCAGCUCCCCAGGUUUCCACUGCUGUGGUGGAGCCCUACAACUCCAUCCUGACCACCCACACCACCCUGGAGCACUCUGACUGUGCCUUCAUGGUGGACAACGAAGCCAUCUACGAUAUCUGCCGCAGGAACCUGGACAUCGAAAGGCCCACCUACACCAACCUGAACAGGCUCAUCGGGCAGAUUGUGUCCUCCAUCACGGCUUCCCUUCGCUUCGAUGGCGCCCUGAAUGUGGAUCUCACUGAGUUCCAGACCAAUCUGGUGCCUUACCCUCGUAUCCACUUCCCGCUCGCUACCUACGCCCCGGUCAUCUCUGCAGAGAAAGCCUACCACGAGCAGCUGUCGGUGGCUGACAUCACCAACGCCUGCUUCGAGCCGGCCAACCAGAUGGUGAAGUGCGACCCCCGUCACGGUAAAUACAUGGCGUGCUGCCUGCUGUAUCGCGGUGACGUGGUGCCCAAAGACGUCAACUCUGCCAUCGCUGCCAUCAAAACCAAACGCACCAUCCAGUUUGUGGACUGGUGCCCCACCGGCUUCAAGGUGGGCAUCAACUACCAGCCCCCCACUGUGGUACCAGGAGGAGACCUGGCCAAGGUGCAGAGGGCGGUGUGCAUGCUGAGCAACACCACUGCCAUCGCCGAGGCCUGGGCUCGCCUGGACCACAAGUUCGACCUCAUGUACGCCAAGAGGGCCUUCGUCCACUGGUAUGUGGGGGAGGGGAUGGAGGAGGGAGAGUUCUCCGAGGCCAGAGAAGACAUGGCAGCGCUGGAGAAGGAUUACGAAGAAGUUGGUACCGACAGCAUUGGAGAUGAGGAUGAAGAGGGCGAGGAGUACUAAACAGCAUUGCAGCGACACCAUUCCAUGUCGUGGAAAUGAUUGGAUGAGCAAUGUUCUGAUGACAUGCGUUUGUCAGUAUUAAUGUAAACAAUAAAGGUAUCUGCAAAGCAGUUGCUUGUCACUCG